AUGGCAAGCCAUGAUACUGAACCACAAAGCAAGAGGCCCAAAUACGGAGAUGUUCCACUACAGAGUCUAUGCUGUAAAAGAAACUUCAAGGGGCAAUAUAGCAACAAACAAGGGAAGCUUACUUCAUCAGGUCUUUCACAACAUCUUAGGUCAACCGCAAAACCAGGUUUGAAGAAGGACCCCUGCUUUGUCCGGGCUUAUAGAAAUGAAGUCUGCAAUUCUGUUGAUGAGAUUGACUUUAAAGACUCCCGUGUGUUCCAAGCUAAUCACCAUGCCAAUCCCCUUCCAGUUAGGGAUUCUGUAAGCAAUAUCACUAGCCCUACUGAUAUUAUGCCAGGCUUUGAACCUGACGGUGGAUCAGAAGAAGACACUGCUGCCAUGGAAGAAGAAAAGAACGAGACAGAAAAGAAGAAGGGGUCAUUUGGAAUGCUUCGGGAAGCCACUCUGUUGGCUGAUUUUCAGUAG